CAACAACCAACAUCUAAACAAUCCACUUAAUUUCUCACCAAGAAAUCAAUAAUCAAACCGCAAAAAUGCAAUUCUCAUCCGCUAUCAUCUCCGCCAUCACCGUUGCUCUUGCAUCGGCUGCCGCCAUCGAGAAGCGCAGCAGCGUCUUCGACGUCUCCGACUUCAGCGCCGGCUGCAUCCCACACAGCAGCCAGUGCCUCUACUCCUUCACCGUUAUCCAACCCGGUACCAUGGAAACCACCGGUGUCAAAUGCACCGCUCUCGUCGCCGCUAACACCGACGGAACUCUCCCAGACAUCCCACAAUGGGGCGGCUCCUGCAUCGAGUCUUCCCGCAGAUUCUGGGUUACCCGCGAGGAUGCUGGUCUCAACUUCUUCGUUUCCCAACAGGUUACUCCAGCCAGCAACCAAACUGCUUCCCACUUGCUCCCCAACAGCGAGUUGGUUAUGACUGCCAACACCAUCAGUAGCACCCAGAGCUACACUGGUCCUACCUCCUUCGGCUUGGACUACAGCACUUCCGCCUAGAGAAAUCGACGGAGAGGGAAAAGUGUCAUGGCUUUCGCUACGGAAGUCUUUGUUUACCUAGUGAUUAUUGAUGGAUAUUAGCGAAGUUUUUGUUUCUGUUCUGGUGUGCAGUGUAGGAUAUUAGGUGUAGAAAAUAGCAUUGAGGAGGAUAAUUG